CGCUGAGAACUGUCAACCAGCUAAGCUAAGUAGCCCAGCUGCACAGACAGCAUCAUGGCGGAGCAAGGCGAUCCUCCGGCUCUUGGCCACCAUCCGCAACCAGUGCCGACAACGAGCUGGCCAAUUAUCAAGGAGUCUUACCAGCUGCAGGAGGUUAUAGGAAGUGGGGCCACGGCCGUAGUGCAGGCCGCCCUCUGCAUCCCACGGCAGGAGCGUGUCGCCAUCAAGAGGAUCAACCUCGAGAAAUGCCAGACCAGCAUGGAUGAGUUGUUGAAAGAAAUUCAAGCAAUGAGCCAGUGUAGCCAUCCAAAUAUCGUGUCCUACUACACUUCGUUUGUUGUGAAGGAUGAGCUUUGGUUAGUCAUGAAGCUUCUCAGUGGAGGGUCAGUGCUGGACAUCAUAAAGCACACAGUCAACCAAGGAGAGCACAACAACGGAGUCCUGGACGAACCCACAAUAGCCACCAUUUUAAAAGAAGUUUUAGAAGGCCUUGACUAUCUGCACAGAAAUGGACAGAUUCACAGGGACGUGAAAGCGGGGAACAUUCUGUUGGGGGACGACGGUUCGGUGCAGAUCGCAGAUUUUGGAGUCAGCGCAUUCCUGAACACGGGAGGAGAUGUAACGAGGCACAAAGUUCGCAAGACGUUUGUAGGUACCCCAUGUUGGAUGGCACCAGAGGUGAUGGAACAGGUACGAGGGUAUGACUUCAAAGCCGACAUUUGGAGUUUUGGAAUCACUGCCAUUGAAUUGGCCACAGGCUCGGCGCCUUACCACCGAUAUCCACCCAUGAAAGUCUUAAUGUUAACGUUGCAGAAUGACCCCCCGACCUUAGAGACGGGCGUGGAGGAUAAGGAGAUGGUGAAGAAGUAUGGAAAGUCCUUUAGGAAACUUAUAACCUUGUGCCUUCAGAAGGAUCCUGCCAAAAGGCCUACUGCAGCAGAGCUUUUGAAAUGUAAAUUUUUCCAGAAGGCCAAGACCCACGAGUAUUUGACUGAGAAGUUGCUGUGUCGAGGUCCCAAAAUAGCCCAAAGAGCCAGAAAGGUGCGCCGGGUGCCCGGCUCCAGCGGACACCUGCACAAGACGGAGGACGGCGACUGGGAGUGGAGCGACGACGAACUGGACGAGCAGAGCGAAGAGGCCAAGGCCAACGUCAAGCAGGGCAGGGUGAGAGAGCACUCUCCGAGGGUCAAAGAGGAGAACUCCAACAGCGAGCCCAACGCCAACAGUGUUCCCUUGGAGGGGCUGUCCAUUCAGCAUCCCCAGGUGCAGCCGUUCGAGCAUCCUCCUGACAUGCAAGGUGUUGUGAACAUGGUCCUGCGGCUGAGGAACUCCAGGAAGGAGCUGAAUGACAUACGGUUCGAGUUCACUCCCGGGCGAGACACAGCAGACGGUGUAUCCCAGGAGCUUUUCUCUGCCGGUCUGGUCAACGGUCAUGACGUUGUUGUUGUCGCUGCUAACCUUCAGAAGAUUGUCGACGACCCGAUUACCUACAAAGUGUUGACCUUUAAACUGGCUUCGGGCUGUGACAGCACUGAGAUCCCAGACGAGGUGAAACUGAUCGGCUUCGCUCAACUGAGCGUCACCUGAUGGCGUGGCCCCCGUGUGGGCCCAACCGGUGGGGAGGGAGGAAGAGGAGGAGGUGGAGAAGGAGGAGGAGGAGGAUGACGAAGACAUAGUCACAAGCACUGACUGAGCACACCGAGGGGGGAGUGCUAGCCCUCCCCUCCAUCUUCUUCCUCACAAACAGAUGCACACACAGACAGAAACACACACACACACAUACUGUACACAUAAACAUUUGCUCACCCAUUCACGCAUACAUGCUUGCGUCCAUUUACAUGCACCAACUCUACCUUUGCCUCAAAUAUUCAAAUCUCUUGCACACACUCAUACACACACACACACACACACGCUUUAACACAUGCAAACACGUACAAACUACAUAUACAUACAUACAUACAUACAUCCACUCACUGUCAGCUUUGCUUCUCCUCUCUUCACCGCUCCAGCUAACAGCCCUCCACUAUAGCCCACUCUUGCCCUCCCUGCUUACCCCAGCCCUUCCCUUCUUUCAACAUUCCACCGCCUUCUCCCAAAAUGGACCAGGAGUCAGCCCAGCUAACUAAAAGAUAUACUCAGGUGGCACUAGCUAGUGAUAAAAUACAAAUUAUAUAUAUAUGUAUAUAUACAUAUAUAUGUAUGUAUAUAUACAGUAUAUACAUAUAUAUUUAUGUAUAUGUAUAUAUGUAUGUGUGUAUAUGUAUGUAAAUAUGUAUAUGUAUGUAUGUAUGUAUAUACAGUAUAUAUAUAUACACACACACACAUAUGUAUGUAUGUAUGUAUAAUGAGUUUUUAUUUUUUAUUGUAUUACCUCUGCUUUCAGCAAAAGCUCUUAAUGUUAUUUAUUUUUUUUAAAAGAUUUGCCUUUUGUUUUCGUCACUCUUGUGUCCAUGGUCCGUUGUGUAGCGUAUGUAGUCCGACGUGUGCUAAGAAGUGAGCUUUGGGAAACGGAGUCUGUCCACAUGAGUGUUGUUCUUAUUCUGAAUGUACAAAUUCUUUUAUUUAUGACAAAAGCACAUUUUCAUGAUUCCAUUUUGAAUGUCGUCUGAAAUGAGCGAAACGUAUUGUACAUUGUAAGAAACAGAAGCAGAAGAAAAAAGAAAAUGAAGAAGAAAAUAAUAACAAAGAUGUAAUCCAAUGAAAAUUAAUGGAGUCAUUUUCAGUGUGAUAAAGUGUGAGAAGAGAGAGACAAAAAAAAGGAAAUAACGGUGACGCCUGAAUGCUGCCAUGUCAAAUAACUGCUUAAUCCACAGAACAGUGUUGAUGCUUAAACUGCUAGAGGUGCCUUGUUCAUUAAAACUGUGCCUAAGAACGUAGGUCACAAAGGGGUUGUCGCCCCUGCAGCAAGAUCUGCAGAUGUGUGUCUUGGGACAUGUUGACAGAAGUGCUUUCCAACUACGGUACAGACAUCCGUGAAUAGUAUUUUCACCAGUCAGUGGCAACAUAUAGAAGAAUAAUAAGAAUGAAGAGAAAAAAAUGAAUGGUAUAUUAAAAAAGCUACAAUGCACUUUUUGGGCAGUGUAUACGCAUCUGCAAAUCAAAUAGCUUGGCCCUGGGAGUCAGCCCAUCAACCCUACCAAUAAAAGCUUCAUCCAAGGCCACCUCCAACCAUUUCCCAAAACUUCAGCGUAUUUCACAUCCAAAGCCAACAGAUACCAGUAAAUACUGACGCCAUGCUCCGUCUUACUGCACUACAAAAAUAGAAUGUCUUGAAAAAACAAAUGCAUUUUUUUUGUUCUCUGAAAUGUACUGUAUAAUAAUGUAUCCACGUACGGAAAAACCAAAAGGCAACUAUUGAACGUACAACGAGCCAUUUAUCUGUCCAAGCAGGUACUCGUAGCUCCAAAUUAUAUUUUCAACUCAAAUGGGGAAAAUACUAUUAACUUGUACUAAAUACUUUAUUAUAAGACAUUA